AUGUCCAACCUGGAAGGAGCCAGAGCUUAUGAGACGAUCGUGGAGAGUGUGAUCAACGAAGUAAGAGAAGAUUUUGAAAGUGCGGGCAUCGACGAACAAACGCUGCAAGAUUUAAGAUUGGUAUGGCAAAAUAAGCUUUCGGAUAGUCGUGUGGCAAAGUUUAUGUGGGAUCCAGAAGAUGAGGACGCAACACUCAAUUCGCAGCUGCACAAUUCGCACAUAGCACCCAGCUUGAUAGAAUCACACGGUCUGACAAUGCCAGAUUUCACUUCACCAGGGGACGACAAAACUAGCUCAGAUUCGCAACAACCGCAGCAGCAGCAGCAGCAGCAACAACAGCAAGAGCAACAACCGCAGCAACAACCACAGCAGAAACAGCUUGAACAGCAUGCUCAACAAGAUCCACAAACCAAAGAGGAAGACGAUCAGCCGAAAGAGGAGAUUGAACUCACCAUGGGUGACCCCGAUGGCCAGAUUGCAGAGCAACUGAAAUUGCAGGCCAAACAGGCGAAAAAAAGUGCUCUGCUGGAAACUGAUGAUAUAAAUUCGGAUUUGGACGACUCAGAGGACGACUAUCUUAACUCGUCUGGUGACGAUGACGGUCAAGACGAGAACAUUGUGCUGUGUCUGUAUGAAAAAGUGCUUAGGGUCAAAAACAAGUGGAAGUGUAACUUGAAAGAUGGGCUGGCGACCAUCAAUUUUAAGGACUAUGCCUUUCAAAAGGCACAGGGCGAGACGGAGUGGUAA